UUCUCUUUCGCAGCGGAGGGACACCUUAUUUCCGAUUUGUUCCGUUAUUCUAAGGACCAGGGACCAUGUCGGAUAGUCUAAAAGGACAGCCUGAUGACGAUGAAGACGAUUGGUUCGACAAGGACGAAGACGAUUUUGUUGUAGAGAGAGCGGAUAAACCCCAAAACUCCGAGAGUGUUGCUGACUCCGCCGGCUGCUCUGCCACGAUAACAGAUUUGUUGGAUAACUUGAAAUGUUUCUCCGCCGAUUACGAUGGAAAUUACGUGGAUCCGAACAAAAAUGACACGGCAACAGUGGAUACAAAAUUCAAUCUGCACCGGAGCGGACCUGGGAAAUACGUUCAAACUAUCCCGUACACGAAGCUUGUUAACAUCGUGGACAGCGAUUCACUCACAGUGCUCGCCGAGGUUUGCCUACAGUCCAACGAGUUUAUGGCCACAUUACAGAAAAAAACCUAUGGACCGGAACUGAUGCUCGUUCUCAUGCGAAUAAUGAUCAAACUUACUACGAUUCCACUACACGAAACUGUGCGACAGUAUUGCAGCAUUCUGAUAUCACAAGAUCACUUCUGGGAGCAGCUGACUAAGUUCUUUGAUCACCCACCAGAGAACGAAAAGAAAAAGAAACGUAAAAAGAACAUCAUCGUUCGUCCGACGAUCGGUCGAGUGGAGAUGGUACAAGUGUUGAUAAAAUUUUUAACCCAAGUCAAACAGUACCAUCCGCUUAACCAUGCGGCCACUGUGCUGUGCAGGGUUCUUCAUAAAAAUUCAACGGACAUCGAUACGGCUCUACGAGAUAGGCUUGCAGCCAUUAGUGCCGCUGACGAUGACGAGUGGCAAGGAAAGAUGACGAUUUACCCUUCCAUCAGAGAACUGAAGGAAACAGAUGGUCCUCCACAGGAUCUGAAGCGCAAUAUCGUAAAAGGACGAUUCGAAAGUGUGCAACACUAUCUAGAAGUACACUUGAAUCUGCUGAAGGAGGAUUUCAUGAUACCUUUGCGUACCAGUUUACAGCAAUAUCGGCUUCAUGUAGGCACUCAUGGCCCCGAUAAACCCUUCGUGAACGAAAACGUGCGCAUUCACCAUCCAGUAGUGUUGCUGCUUCCCGCUCAAAUCAGUCGACGUUCUCAGAAAGAGCAGCUGAUUGUCGUUGACCUGGAUCCAACCGGACGAGGUUUCGCAAACCUCUCCGCCCGAUACAAUCGGCUUAAUCUGCCGGCUACAAAGCGAUUCAUGCACGGUUCGCUCCUUCUCUUCAGCAGUGGACUAACAUUCGACGAUUUGAUGGUAGCGAUCGUCAGCCACCGCGAUAGUGAUGAUCUGAAAAAUGGAUUUAUUUACGUGGAGAUCAUACGUUUUGAGCAGGAGAAUGCGGCACCAUAUGAGGGCUACGACAUAUUCAAUCGUCCAUUUGUAAUGGUAGAAAGUGAGAUCUUUUUCGAGCCCUAUCAUCAGGUGUUUAACGCCCUAGUGCGACUGCGAGCGGAGAGCUUCCCGCUGAAAUCGUACAUCAUCGAUGUACAGCAACCCCCCACACCAGUUCCUGAGUACGCACUCGAACGCUCCUUCCGGUAUGCUGAUAUUGAGUUUGAUCUGAAGAAGCCCGAUGACUGGCCAGCCGAUGCACUUUGUGAGGCACUAGGCUUGAAUCGUUCACAAUACGAAGCAUACAAACUGGCGAUAAGCAAUCGAUUUGCGCUCAUUCAGGGUCCUCCCGGUACGGGUAAGACCUUUAUCGGGUUGAAGAUAGUCGAAACAUUGUUGGCCAACACAGACCGACAGAUACUGCUGGUCUGCGUUACGAACCAUGCGCUCGAUCAGUUUCUUUGUGGCGUCACACGCUUCACGGACAGUGUCGUUCGGAUGGGUAAUCAAUCGAAACAUCCACUGCUGGAUGUGUAUAACAUAAAGCAGCUUAACGAAGAACAGCCAAUCGACCAAUGGGUUCGCACCGCUUAUUAUAAUACUAAACAAGACUAUCUGGCGUUACUUGAACAGUUUGAAAAACUGCAACGGGGUCACGAUGUAUCGAAUGAGCUGCGUCAAUCGAUGAUUCAGUGUAUGGAUAAGUUGCAGCAGACAUCGAGACGAUUAAAUGAGCUUAGCCAAGCAAGCAUUCUGAAAUCAAUUCGAAAUGUACGGGUCAUUGCCAUGACAACGACAUUCGCAGCUCGCAAUCGUGUGCUGCUAGAACUGUUGGGGACACCGAUCGUGGUGAUUGAGGAAGCUGCUGAAGUGUUGGAAGCACACAUCGUUGCUUCCCUAACGGUUCGUACGCAGCACUGCAUCCUAAUCGGAGAUCACAAACAACUACGACCAACUACAAGCACCUAUGUGCUAUCAGUACGUUACAAGCUCGAUCUGUCUUUGUUCGAGCGAAUGAUCAACAACCGGUUUAGUGUAGCAACGAUGUUGGUACAGCAUCGUAUGCGCCCUGAGGUAGCCAAUCUUCUGAGACCCACCAUCUACCGGGUUCUGCAUGACGCCGAAUCCGUAAGCGGGUAUCCAACCGUCGUUGGAAUGCAGCAUAGUUUGUUCUUUUUGACGCACAACUACCCGGAAGGAGGUAUCCGCUCGCGAGUUGAGAAACAGUCGGCUGCGGAGGAGCAGCAUGACGAGAAAUCGAAACGCAACAUUUUUGAGUGCAAGUUUGUGUUGGCGCUGUGCGAGUACCUGCUCGCCCAAGGACCUUACACACCAGAGGAUAUUACUAUUUUAACAGCCUACAAUGGCCAGCUGAUGCAGUUUUUAACGGAACGAAAAACCCGUCACGCUCUGCGGCGUGUACGUAUAGCGGUAAUCGAUAGCUUUCAGGGCGAGGAAAGUAAAAUCGUGUUGCUUUCGUUGGUGCGCAGUGGCAGCAUCAAUCCAAUCGUUGGUGAUUCAAUCGGGUUUCUUGCGCACGAAAACCGUAUCUGUGUAGCACUAUCGCGAGCAAGGGAAGGUUUCUACAUUAUCGGUAAUAUGGGCUUGCUGGCAAAAUGUUCCAAAAAGUGGGCACAAAUCGAGAAAACUUUCAAGGAGCAAGCGGCGAUCGGGGAGUCGAUUGCUUUGCGCUGCCAGCUGCAUGGUACUAUCGUAGAGGUGAAGGACCCAGACGCACUUGAACAGCUUAAUCGCAAUAAUGAAUGUGCUUGCAGUUUGUCGGCUGAUCAAUCGUGAUAACAUGUACCUAGCAAUCCUUGGUAUCUGGCCUAGCUUAUAUAAAAUCACGAACGAAC